CCAGCAAAUUUUCUCAUUUGCAUUUGGAACAGUGGCAAAAGCAAAAUCAUUUUUUUCAUUUCAUUUCUUGAAAUUUUGCUGUUAAAUUGUGUGUCAAUUAAUUUUCGCAACACUUUUACAUAAUGAGUUGCGAAGAAGAACGAAAUCUUCUCCAAAUGAAGGAGCUUUACCAAGAAGCUAUUAACAUUCUUGAAGAAAUAUUGCGCGAUGUAAAGUUCACAAAAACGGGUACAGAAAUUGGUCGCGGAGCGGGGAUUGGUUUUGGCAUAGUGGGAACUGGAGUGCUUGUUGUUGGUUUACUGUCCAUAUUUGUCCCCCCACUUGCCCCAAUUGCUCCAAUUUUGGGAUGGGUCGGUUUCGGCGUAGGAGUUGCUGGAGGGGGAACGGUUGCUGGAUCAAAAAUCGCAAAGCAAAUCCUGAACAAAAAUUUUAUUGCUAACUGGAAGGUAAUGGAAAAUGCGAUAAGUAAAGCUGCUAAACGAAGUGAGGAUAGUUUCUUGGCGAUUGAGAAGGUGGUAAAGAAUUUGGAAGAAAAGCAUGGGAACAAUCGUGAAGCUUCAGUGAAAUAUAUCGUAACAUGUUUAAAAAAUGGGGAAGAAUGGAAACAUUUGGAACUUAAUGUUUUGUCAGAAAAAAUCAAUCAUUUUACGAAUUUUCAAAGAGGGGCGGUUAAAUUGAAUAAGAAUGCGACAUUUGAAGCUGUGACCAGUGGGAUUCAAGGCGCGGCGGGGGUUAGUGGGAUGGCCGCUGCGGGCGCUGGGUUGGCGCUGCCACUAUUCGAUGACGUUGCCCUUGGGUUUUUUCAAGUGGGGAAAAACAUCGUUCCUAUUGCUAAGGCGGCUAUAGGUGGCGCUGGCGUUGCGAUUGGUCUGGGUUUAAAUGUCUAUGACAUUGUUCAGUUAGUUAAAGAUGUGAAGUCCGAGGGUGAGUUAAUUAAGAAACUGAAAGAGACAGUUGAUAAAUAUUACGGAAAUAUUACGAUCGUAGACGAAUACCUUGCUGUAUUUCAGGGAAAAAAAGUGAAUUAUAUUUUGGAGUAAAGACAAGUGUUGAUUAAUUUUUAAGCUUUACUAUUUUAAAAAAAUAUGUAGGUUUUUGACUCAGUUCUUUAAUAAACUUGUUACAGGUUAUUUAUUAUUUAAAUUAAUGAUGUAUUUAGGAAUAAACAUAAAAACAAAUAUGGUUACAGUAUACCUUUUGCGAUUAACUUAUACUUAUUUUAUUCAAAUGGCUCAAAUAACGGCACUUUUUAAAUAUGUUAUGUAAUAAACAAAGAUGACAAAUUUAUUUAAUUUCUUUUGUAAUAACUGUCCAAUAAUAAAUAUUUUAUUUGCUUAAUUCUGUGAAAAUCUAUGGUUUGUGAAUUAAAACGAUGCGAAAUUUUUGCUGAAAGG